UGUACACUUGCGAUUUUCCCAAAACAAAGGCUUCUGCUACUCAAUACUUUCCUGACAGCCGGGAUUCUCGGAAGUAUGGAGAACACAAACCACAUGCGAGGGCAAAAAGACAGUCAAGAGAUAGUCCAGCACAGCAACAAAGAAACUGCAGGAAAGCCACCCCCUGGAUCGACUUCGAAGCCAACAGACCUUCCACCAAUCUCUACCGAGCACAAUGCAGCAUCCGGUCGUAUGAGCCGCCAUGAGUCACAAUCUUUAACCUCAUCCAUAUCGAUGCUAUCGUUACAGCCACAAGCGCCUAUGUUUGAAUCGCCACAGACGUCGCUUCCCCAGUCUGACGAGGAGAAGGCUUUAUCACAGGAACUAGCUCUGUGUGACUUUAGAGCAUAUCUUCUCAUCAUGGAAGCGCAGAAUCGCGAACGGCUGCGGCAGCUUCAAGGAACUGAAAAUGUCUACGGUGAGGUCGUCGGCGACCGGCCGGUUGAUCCGUAUCAGCCCUUUGUAGAUCACGAGAUAGUUGUACAAGCAGACAAGCUGAGGCUACGGAGGACAGAGCUUCAGCACUCGCUUGAGCAACUGACGGGGCGAUUGUAUCCAAUGCCCGAUAUAUAUACGCUGGCAGUGCGAACGCCGGCCCUGACGUGCGAUGCUGUUGAUUCUAGAUUGGUCACGUAGGUCGUCACUCAACGCGGGCCUAAGAACCACCCUCACCGGUUCCUUCGCUUGUCCUUCAGUUCGGGAGCACGAGCGCCGGUAUUUCAAGAGGACAGGUAGUGCGAAAACGAUUGGGUAUCUUCCGAGCACAGCUUCCGCUUACCUGAAGUCAGGUCGCCGGUUUUGUCAUCCUACUUCGGUGAUGGUUGUCGCAAAAUAUGUGAGCUGGGGCCUCGAA